AUGCCAUCAGAUUCCCUACAGAACAUCCUCAACUUCCGAGACGUUGCCCAGACAAUUAAUGAAAUACAAGGCAACGACCGUCUUCGACAAGGCCGCAUCUACCGCAGCGCGCUCCCUGACAAUGCCUCCAAAUCGGACCGGGAAGCGCUGACCUCAAAAUACCACAUCAACAACAUCAUCGACCUGCGCUCCACAACCGAGCACCUUGAUCAAGCCAAAAAACGAAACGCUCAAGUCCACACCUCAGCGGCUCUCGCUCCGGCUAACGACGAGGCGGCCGAGCCACUAAAAAUACCGGGGAUUACAUACCACGAGAUCAACCUGAACGGCGGAUCCUUCGCGCGCGCCCUGCUCUGGAAGCUCAGAUGGUUGAGCCUCAGCAAACUCGUGGGGCUCAUGGUGUUAGGGUAUAGAGUGGAGGCCAUUGCUAUUCUUGGUCGCGAAGUCAUGGCUGAACGCGGAUUGACUGGAUUGGGGAAAGAUAGCCUUGAUCAUGGCACCUCGGAACUCCGCGGGAUAUUCACAGUCCUUGCUGAAUCAAGCAAUUACCCUGCUUUAAUACAUUGUACCCAAGGAAAGGAUAGGACUGGCCUUGUUGUCAUACUCCUUCUGUUGUUGUUGAACGUUCCACUCGGAGCGAUAAGUGCGGACUACACGGCUAGUGAGAACGAAUUGGAAAGCGAGAAGGAGUCGAGAAUGGAGGAGAUCAGGCGGAUCGGAUUGGGCGAGGAAUUUGCUGCAUGUCCGGCCGGCUUUGUGCAGGAGAUAGCUGGACAUCUCCACAAUGUUUAUGGCGGAGUGAAUGAGUAUUUGAAGCGCAUUGGGGUGGAUGAGAGGACACAGGAUAAAGUCAAGGAGAACAUGCUGGCUUGGUAG